GUAGCAUUUUGAAAGUGUGACGAGACAUCGAAAGAAUAACAGCUUGAAUAAUAGUAAAGGUAAGAAUUAAAAAUGAAACAGUAAUGGAUGAUAUCUUAAAUUAUAUCUCAGGUAAACUGUACCUGCUUUUAAUUGAUUUGAUCUAUAUAUACCUGUGUACUAAUAUACUGUAUAAUUGACAAAAAGUGAAUAUCUACUGCCCUAUACUAGAUAUAUAGUUAGAGGUUGGAAUUAAAGUUGAGAAAUCAUAAAUUUGUGGACAUUUUUUACCGACUAUACACCCCUAUAUAGUAUAUUUCGAUUAGUUUAAUUACCAGUUUUCUCUACUAGUUUACAAAUUUUGCUCUGUUAGAUUCUCUUCUCAGAAUAUCUAAGAUGUAAAAAAAAAAUAGAAGAUUUAACAAAAAGAUAAAGUUGUGAAAAUAAUUGUAUUGAAUAUGUGUCAUAGAAAAAAAUGAGUAGGGGAUUUUAACAUGAAAAUAAGAAUGUUUUGACUCAUCAACAAUAAAAGUUUGCCCUCAUUCAAUUAGAAAUUAACAUUUCUAUAAUUUUCAACCUGAAAACUGAUAAUAACAAACUAUUGAUUUCAUAAAAUGAACAGAAUAUUUAAUCAAUUUUUCAUCAUUCCAGGAAAAAUCCAUAAUAUAAAAAUAUGGCGGUUAUAAAGAGAAAUAUCUGUGCGAUACUCAUCUCUACAAUUUGUAUACUGAGUAGUAUCAUCUCUUCUUCAGCAGGUAUCUUUAUAUUUAUUUGAAUUAUUUCAGUAUGGGCUUCAUUGAAUGAAUAAAAAAGCAACGGUAAUAUUUCAGUUAAAUUCCACUCUUCUCCUACUUACGAAGCUUUUAAACUUGGAGAUAAGAUAACUGUAACUUAUAGUCUCACUGGUAAAUAUUCUAUUUUUAGAAUUUCAUUCAAUUUGUUAUCAGUGUCUUUGUUUUCUAAUUAGAUAAAGCAAAACUUCGAUUGGAAAAUCUUUUUAAUAAUACUUCAGAACUGAUGUAUGAAACUCCAAACUUUGAAUCAAAGUUCCAGAAUAGGUGGAAAGCCACACCUGGUGUAGAAAGUUCCAGUUAUACAUUUACUGUAGACAAAUCAAAAAAAACUGAUGGCAUGCGAAUUAAGGCUUCUAUUGCUGAUGGAACUAGUACUGAUUCUGUAGAAACAGGAAUAGCCAUUUAUGAUUCAAUUCCAAGAAUCAUAGAAUAUCCAAAAGAUUUUUCUCCUGAAGAAGGUGAAGAAUUCAUGUUUUCGUGCGAAUUCAAUUAUUGGGGAUCAGGACACUCUGAAUUUCAGAUAUUUUUAAAUGACAAAAAAAUACAUUAUAAAUUUAGUAAAGUCAUUUUCAUUGAUGGAUUGAUAACUCUUAAAGCUAAUCUUAGUGCUUCUAAGGAAAUGAAUGAUAAUAAUAUCUAUUGUCAACUGAGUUUACAUCGAACAGAUGGAAAAUCUUCUUUACACUUCAAAAGUCAACCUAUAAAAUUUCAAGUUCUUUAUAAAGUAAAUGACAUAAAUAUUAGUUCUGAAAUUGGCAAGACUGAAAUAGAACUUUCCUGUUCAGCAGUAGGAAAUCCACCACCAAAAUACGAAUGGAGAAAAGUAAUUAAUAGAAAAAUGUUUCUUUUUUUCUAAUUGCAACAAAAUCUAAUUAUCCUACUUUUUUUCAAGAAAUCAUCCGAUAAAAUUCUAUCAACAAACACCAAAAUGAAGGUUGAAAAAUCUACUGAUGAAUACAAAUGUACUGCCUGGAAUGAGAUUCGUGGUACAAAGAAUAAAUUAACCAAAAGCAUAUCUUUAUCAGCUAAUGGCGCAUCACAAACAAUGAAAUUUGACAAUAGUCUUUUCUACUUAAUGUUUAUUUUGCUACUCAUAAUUGUUCAAGUUUAGAAAUGAAAAUUGUCAUUAAAUUGCUGCUCAAUUGAAUGCAAAGGGAAACUGUAUUUAUAAUGUUUUCACCAUAAAUACUUUAUAAAUGAAAUUAUAGGAUGUAGGGUUAAGGUAUUUACCAAAUUUAAAAAAUCUUCUUGAAUAUCCCUUUCGUAAAAUCUCCAUUAAUUUCAUCUCUUUCAUUGUUACAACCAAUUGGAGAUUCAUUGGUCUUGGUGGAGAAAUGAUGUUUAUUACUCAUUUUUUGCUAUGUUAACAAACUGAACUACACUUUUCACUAAGUGAAUAAUUUGAUUCAUGUUUACCUUUAGUAACAGUUUAUCUCAAAGUUUUUAUAGAUAUAUUCCUAAAUGUUUGUCUUUUAUGAAAACUAAUUGAAUGAUAACUUGGCGAAGAGUUAAUGUGUUUUCCUAAUUGGUUUUUAGACAGCAUAUGUAGUUGGCCUAUAGUAGUUUAGAGUAAAAUAAUAUAUAUAGGUAGGUUGUACAAGAUGUAUAUCAAAUCAGAUUCCCUUUGCAAUUCGGCAUUUAAAUCAUAUAAUGAACUUUUUGUGAUCAUGUUGUGAUCAAGGCUUUUGUUGAAUAUUUCCAUCCAUCCUUCUUCUUAAUAAAUAUUGUUGUAUAGCCAAGAAUCUGUUUUCUUAUAUUUUACUAUUUAUAUAUUUAUACAAGAGUGUUGAAAUUUAUUCUUUUAUUUUUCUAAUCACUGUUUGAGAUCAAUGAUAUCCACACCCCUGGACUUUAACAUCUGCUGAAAUUUGCUUGAUUACUUUCCAACGGUAUUUUUCAAAAUCUAGAACAACUUUUCUUGGAGUAGAAUCAUUCAUUGAUUGCAAAAUUUCCUGA